AUGUCUGGUGGCCAGGCUAGAUAUUUUUUAAAUUUUUCGUAUUUUCCACGUCGGCGUCAAAGGUCGGUGCUCGAGUCUAAAUUUGCAUCGAAGCACAAAAUGCCGGAACAAGAUCCACAACGUCUCAAAUCCUACAAAAACUUCGGCAGAGAUCUGUCGGAAAUGAGACGUCGAAGAAAUGAAGUCUCGGUGGAACUUCGUAAACAAAGAAAAGAUGAUCAAACUAUGAAGAGGAGAAACAUUGGAGACCUGUCAGAUGAUGCCAUCAGCCCUCUGAAAGAGCGCAACCAGGGUCCAAGUUCCACUAUGACAAUUGAAGAAAUUGUUGCUGGUGUCUGCUCAAAUAGUGUUGAGAGCCAACUUGAGGCCACGCAAGCUGCUAGACGACUUCUUUCUAAGGAGAGAAAUCCACCAAUUGAUGUGAUCAUCAGGACUGGCAUCAUUCCAAAUUUGGUAGAAUUUCUUAAGAGCUCAGAUAGACCAGAGCUCCAAUUUGAAGCUGCCUGGGCCUUGACCAACAUUGCUUCCGGUGACAGUGAACAAACAAAAUCUGUAGUCAACGCUGGUGCUGUUCCUCAUUUCAUUAACCUCCUCUCUUCUGGUGACCACCAUGUUUGUGAACAGGCAGUGUGGGCUCUUGGCAACAUUGCAGGUGAUGGACCAGAGCUUAGAGACUUUGUUACUCAGAAUGGCAUUGUGGAACCAUUGUUGUCUUUGGCCAAGCAUGAUCUUCCUGCUGGCUUCCUCAGAAACGUUACCUGGACAAUCUCUAAUCUGUGCCGAAACAAAAACCCCUCACCUGACUUUGCUACAAUCCAAAAGUGCCUUCCCACACUCUCUUGCCUCCUGCGGCAUUCGGAUCAUGAAGUUCUCUCUGACACCCUGUGGGCUUUUUCCUAUAUAACUGAUGGUCCAAAUGAGAAAAUUCAAGCCGUCAUCGAUAGCAAUGUUGUUCCCAAACUUGUGGAAUUGCUUCAACACCCCAAGAUUUCUGUGAUAACCCCAGCUCUGCGAACAGUGGGCAACAUUGUCACUGGUGACGAUUCUCAAACCCAAGUUGUAAUAGACUCCUCUGCUCUUCCCAUCUUUCACAAUCUGCUGAAGCAUCCCAGACCCAACAUACAGAAAGAAGCCUCCUGGACCGUUUCUAACAUAACUGCUGGAAACAGUGCUCAGAUCCAAAGAGUUAUUGAUAUUGGGCUGCUUCCUCCUAUUGUUGAUCAACUGGCUAAGGGUGACUUUAAGACCCAGAAGGAAGCUAUUUGGGCCGUUACCAAUCUAACCUCUGGUGGCACAGUUGAGCAAGUGGCUCAUCUCGUUCAGUUGGGUGUGAUUCCUCCUCUUUCUAAUUUAUUGACUAUUAAAGAUCCUAAAGUUAUCCUGGUAAUCUUGGAUGCCUUCAUGAAUAUCUUGAUGGCUGCUGAGAAAAUCAAGCAGCAUCAUGCUGUCUGUAUGAUGAUUGAGGAAUGUGGUGGUAUAGACAAAAUUGAGGCCCUCCAGUCUCACGAAAAUGAGAAUGUCUACAAAUCUGCCUUGAGUAUCAUUGAGAAAUAUUUCUCGGAAGAGGAUGAUGAAGAUACUGAUUUGGCUCCAGUUGCAACUGAAGAGGCCUACAAUUUCAAAGAAGCAAAUGUGCCAUAUGGUGGAUUCAGUUUCUGA